CAGUUGGGAAGCCCCCCAGGGCCAGAGUAUGGGGUCAGAGGGGGAACCCUCCUUGGCCCCCAGCAGCAGCAGCAGUCUUCCCUUUUGGGGGGACCUAGGAAACACCCCCACAGCUUCCCUUCCUCCCCAUUGACAGUCCAGGAGUGAAGAGGAAUUUUGAUUCUGUUUGUGGCUUUGUUGGUGUAAAAAAAGAUAGUCGGAUGAACUAGACUGAGCUGGUCCUGAAGGAGGAAAAGACCACGAUGGCCUCAGUGCUGGGAACAGUGGGGUAUUCUGGGAGAGGACAGUCUGGAGGUUCCUGGGAGAGGACCUUGUAUGGAGGACAGAGUGCCAGUGCUUCAGGCAGUUCUACUAGGAGGAGGAACUCCGCCGACUCUGCUGUCAGUGGCUGAAGCCAGAACAACACACAAAAAACGAAAUCCUGGGCCUGGCCAUCUUGGAGCAGUUCCUGACCAUCUUACCCCCAGAGAUUGAGAACUGGGUCACGGAAUAUGGGGCAGAGACCUGUUCCCAGGCGGCGGCCCUUGCAGAGGGUUUCUCCCUGAGUCGGGGAACAGCAGGUGAGGGCAUUUCUUCUUGGAGCCAAGAAAGAAAUUGGCAGGCCUGCAAGGAGAUCCUUUGAACCCCUUUAGAGGCUGAGUGGAGAUGGAAGAGCCAGAGCCAGCUGGCCCUGAGGCCCAAAGAAGAGACCACGAUGCCAUUGGUCCUGGAAGCAGUGGAGCAUUCUGGGAAAGAACAGGCCAGAAGGACCUGACCAAGGAAACUGCUAGCUCUGAGGUCCAGCGCCAGCACUUCAGGGAUUUCUGCUACCAGGAUGCCAAAGGACCCCGGGAGGUUUGUAGGCAAAUUCACAACCUUUGCCAGCAAUGGCUGAAGCCAGAGAAGCACACAAAGACUCAGAUGCUGGACCUGGUAAUCCUGGAGCAGUUCCUGGCUAUCCUUCCCCCGGAGAUGGAGAGCUGGGUUCGAGAGUGUGGGGCAGAGACCAGUUCCCAGGCUGUGGCCCUGGCAGAGGGUUUCCUCCUGAGUCAGGCAGAGGAGGAGAAGCAGAUGGAAGAAGAGAUGGAGGUGGAAUUAGGCAAUGCAGACAUUGCGUUCGCUGAUCAUGCACCAUUGGACACCCAUCAGAGGACAGAGAUAAGGCAGAUCAAGCAAGAAAAUGGCAAAGGUGCUCCAUCUCUUGGAAGCUGCCUCUGUGCUAAGUCAAUGUCUGCUGUCAGUAAUGGACUGAAUGAAGGCAAUAAAAGUGAAGAUUAUAUCCAGACAAGACAGAGGUGCUCCUGGUCAGUUGUAAGGCAGAUCAGGGAACAGGGAUUCAGCCUAGGUUGGAUGGGUUUAUGCUACCAUUGAAAUCUCAGGAUCGCAGCUGAGGUGUUCUCCUGAAUUCAACUCUGAGCCUGGAUGUCCAGGUUUCAGUGGUGGCCCGGAGUGUGUUUGCACAGUUAAAACUGAUGUGCCAGUUGUGUCUGUUCCUUGAGACAUCAGAUCUGGCUACAAUGAUGCACACCUUGUUUAUAACUUAUUUGGAUUACUGUAACAGACUCUCUGUGGGGUCUGCCUUUGUCAACUGUUCGCAAACUUUAGCAAGUCCAAAAUGCUGCAGCCAGGUUUCUGAUCAGAACAAAUAAGAGGAAGCAUAUAGCCCUAUUGAUGAAACAACUCCACUGGCUGCAGAUCCAUUUCCAAACAUAAUUCAGAGUGCUGGCUGUGACUUUUAAAGCCUUACACAGCUUUGAUCCUAAUUAUUUGAAAAAUGGUAUUUCCUUAUAUGAGCC